AUGAAGACGAUUAUUUUUAUCUUUGCCUUUUGCCUCGUUGGUAUUCUGGCAGUUUCUGAAGAAUCAAUAAAUAAGCUACGUAAAAUAGAGUCAGUUUGCGCCGAAGAAAAUGGUAUUGACCUAAAGAAAGCAGACGACGUUAAGAAGGGUAUUUUCGAUAAAAAUGAUGAAAAAUUGGCUUGUUACGUUGAUUGUAUGCUGAAAAAAGUCGGAUUUGUUAACGCAGACACAACUUUCAACGAAGAAAAAUUCAGAGAAAGGACAACGAAAUUAGACAGUGAACAGGUCAAUCGAUUAGUCAACAAUUGUAAAGAUAUCACUGAAUCCAAUUCGUGUAAGAAAUCUAGUAAAUUACUGCAAUGUUUCAUAGACAACAAUCUGAUGAAGAUAUUUGAAUAA